UGUGCAUUGUCCCCUGUCAGCCACAAUAUAAACAUUGGACCACGUUAUUUACAUUAACAUGUUCACAGGAUUGACAUCGCCAGACACUCGCGGAAUUUAAAAAUUUUGUCAAUUUAAUAGAAGGAAGAAUGGGUCUGCUAUCUGAAGGUUCACCCCUUGACUGGACAGAGACGAAGGCGUAUGCUGAUCACGUGCGGAAACAUGGCAUCAGACAGUUUAUAAAUUUGUAUCAUAAACUCCAGGAUAGGACCAAAGACGUUUUAUACUGGGGAGAUGAGGUGGAGUACAUGCUGGUUAAAGUGAGCCGGGAGAAGAAGAAAGCUCAGCUGGCCCUGACUGCUGAACCAAUCCUGAAGGAGUUACAAAAAACAGAACACGCUAACCCUAAGAACCAUCCAACAACAUGGCGGCCAGAAUAUGCCAAUUAUAUGGUAGAGGGAACCCCAGGAAAACCCUAUGGGGGAAUGAUGGCCCACUUCAAUGUGGUGGAAUCUAACAUGAGGCUAAGGAGAGAGGAGAUUCAGAAAUGGUGUGGUGAGGGUAUUGUCCCCCUCUCUCUGACCUCAUUUCCAAGAUCUGGCUGUCCUGGAUUCACUGAACCGGAACACACGCCCACACCAAACAGUGGAGCUUCACACUCCCUUUUCUUUCCAGAUGAGGCCAUUUUUCCUGGACAUCCACGAUUUAAAACCCUAACCAGGAACAUAAGACAGAGAAGAAACAAAAAAGUUGCAAUAAACAUUCCAGUUUACAAGGACAAGUACACCAAGUCCCCGUACCUAGAUGAUUUUGCUGCUCUGGGAGAUGACGGGGAGAGCCAGGCGGGGGCCAAGCCUGACCACAUAUACAUGGACUGUAUGGGGUUCGGUAUGGGAUGUAGCUGUCUCCAGGUGACCUUCCAGGCGUGUAACAUCAAUGAGGCCAGGAAACUCUACGAUGACCUGGCUCCUCUCUGUCCUAUCAUGCUGGCCCUGAGUGCAGCAGCUCCUAUCUACCGUGGUCACUUAGCAGAUAUUGAUGCCAGAUGGACGGUCAUCUCACAGUCAGUGGACGAUCGGACAGACGAAGAAAGGGGAGAAAAGCCUUUAAAAAAUGACAAGUUUGUGAUCAACAAAUCUCGUUACGACUCCAUAGACAGUUACUUAUCCCCUUGUUACCGAUGUAGUAAUGAUAUUGACCUGGUGUACGAUCAUGAUAUUUACAAAGAGCUCCGAGCAGCGGAGGUAGAUGAACCCCUCUCCAAACACAUAGCUCACCUGUUCAUCAGAGACCCCGUCUCACUAUUCAGUGAAAAAAUUAAUCAAGACGAUGAGAGGGAUACAGACCAUUUUGAGAAUAUCCAGUCAACCAAUUGGCAGACCAUGCGUUUUAAACCUCCCCCUCCCAACAGUAACAUUGGCUGGAGAGUAGAAUUCAGGCCAAUGGAGGUUCAGCUGUCUGAUUUUGAGAAUGCUGCUUACACUGUGUUUAUCGUCUUACUGACCCGGGUCAUCUUAACCUAUGGACUGAGCUUUGUUAUCCCGAUAUCUAAGGUAGAUGAAAACAUGAAGACUGCUCACAAUCGAGAUGCUGUGCUCAAUGAUCAGUUUUACUUCCGCAAGGAAAUCUUUACUGACUGUACCCCAGAGGAAUUCACCAAGUGUAUGCCAGAGUACUGUGCUGAUUCAAAGUGUACCAAGAAAACUGAUGAACAGUGUAAAUUGAUGUCAAUAAAUGAAAUCAUAAAUGGCAGUGCUGACUUCCCUGGAAUGAUUCCUCUGAUUCAAGGCUACUUAAACAGCAUGGAGGAUCAAGAUUUAGAUGUGGACACAAGAUGCACAAUACUUAACUAUCUCAACCUGAUAUCACACCGAGCCUCAGGUAAGUCAGAGACAACUGCCAAUUGGAUGAGGAAUUUUGUCCUGCACCACCCAGCAUACAAACAAGACUCUGUGGUGUCAGAUGAGAUUAAUUAUGACUUGAUGCAGGCGUGCAUAGAGCGAAGUAAAUGCUGUAUCUCUGCCACAAAGACUAAUCUGACAUUACCAGAGGCUCUAGUCAAAUCUGAGAAGUACCUCAAUAAGAGGAAUCCUUAUACUUAUACCAACACCAUAAAGGAGGAUCUCCCCAAUGGAGACAUGGACAACUCGUCAUAGACUGAAAUUUUAAUAGCUCAUUUUUAUAUGUAUUUUUAGGGAAUUUAUAAUGAAGAAAUCAGAUUUAAUCGGGUCAUGAUUUAAUCCACUGACUUUGAGAUAGAAAAUUAUCCUAUAAUGUUUUUAUAAUUGGUGUAUUUACUGGUAAUUUAUGCUGCAGGCAUGCUGGGUACAUAUUUUUACUGAUUUUAGGAAAAAAUCUAUCCCUCAAUCAUGUCUUAUGUCAAUUAAAAUUUUGAAAACCAU